CACUAUUGCACUUCUCUAUUCUCUCGGAAGCUCUGCUGCCACCUUACUCAUACACUGAGUAUACUCUGCACACCUGCCAGGAAAAAUCUUUUGCAACAUGCAAAAUCAAAGAUUUCCAAUGCCAAAAGCAUCGCUGAGGAGAACUCCAAACCUAAAUGCACUACCUGUAUUUGCUCAAGGCUCACCUAUACUCCCACAGGAGCUAAGAGAUGCAGUAUUGCCGAAUAGAACUCCAAACCAGAAUCCGCCACCUGUAUUUCCUCCAGGCUCAUCUGCACUCCCACAAGACCAAAGAGAUGGGGUAUAUUCGAAUCUCAAUCAGUUUGGACAGCUUCCAUCUCCAAAAAUCACUCCUCCUGGACCAUCUAUGAACACAACUCCAAAUCAUAGGCCUGUAUAUGAUCAAGGGCUGGCAAAAUCGUCACUGUCCCUCUCCUCUCUAAGUGAAGACAAUUCGGACCCUAAACUCUUUGACAAGCAAUACAAAGAGAAGAUCCGUCCAUGUAUCGACCUCAUUGACUCUCUGAGGUCACUUGGGGUGGAGAAAGAUCUGGAGUUACCAGCGAUUGCUGUCAUUGGGGAUCAGAGUUCUGGGAAAAGUUCUGUCCUGGAGGCUUUGUCUGGGGUCAAUCUUCCUAGAGGAACAGGUAUCGUUACACGUUGCCCUCUUGAGCUCAAAUUAAAAAAGUCUCCAGUGUCUACAGAAUGGAGUGGGACAAUAUCCUAUAAAAAUAAAACAAUAUCACUAAGCAAUCCAUCCGAAGUGGAGAAAGAAGUGAGAAGAGCACAAGACUGCAUCGCCGGUCCUGGAGAAGGAAUCAAAGAUGAGCUCAUAACACUGGAAAUCAUUGCCCCAAAUGUUCCAGAUUUGACUCUUAUUGAUCUUCCCGGGAUAACUCGAAUUAAUCUGCCUAAUCAACCCAGAGACAUUGGAGACCAGAUAAGGCAAAUGAUAAAAAAAUACAUAUCCAGGCAGGAGACCAUUAAUCUGGCUGUGGUUCCUUGUAAUGUGGACAUAGUAACUACAGAAGUUUUGGAAAUGUCACGAGAGGUGGAUCCCAGUGGAGAGAGGACAAUAGGAGUCCUAACAAAACCAGACUUGGUUGACAAAGGAGCAGAAGGUGAUGUUGUAAAAGUCGCACAAAACUGUGUGUACAGCCUCAUAAAAGGUUAUGUGCUUGUGAAAUGCCGCAGCCAGAUGGAGAUUCAGAAUAAUGUCAAUCUGAAAAAUGCCUUAUUUAAUGAGAAGGUCUUCUUUGAACAGCAUGAACACUACAGUGCUUUUUUGAGAAAAGGAAAUGCUACCAUCCCCUGCCUGGCUGAAAAACUCUCCAAAGAACUUGUGAAUCAAAUUGCUAGAACGUUACCUGGUAUAGAUUAUCAGGUAAAAAGCAAACUACGGGAAGCAGAAAAUCACCUGAACCAGAUUGGCAGAGGGGUCCCUGACACAAAGGAAGAACAGAUUCACUAUUUAUUAACUAAAAUCCAAGCAUUUACAGAAGGAAUCGGCAAAGUCAUAGAUGGAGAUGAGGAAGGAAGCAGCCAAGAAUUGAAUCUUUACUUAAAUUUGAGAAGACUUUUUAACAUCUGGGAAAAGUCUAUGCAGGAUUCAUGUGCAGGAUUUGUAAAAGAAUUAAAAAAUGGAAAAAGAGGAGACGAGAACCAGUAUCGGGGCCGCGAGCUCAUGGGAUUCAUCAACUACAGGAAAUUCGAGAGCAUUUUAAGGAAACAUAUAAUGACAUUUCAGGAGCCGGCUGUCUGUCUGUUACGAUCGGUCACUGAACUCAUUAAUAAUUGUUUCAUGGAUGUUUCUUCAAGUUGUUUCCUUCAAUUUCAUAAUCUUCAUGAAGCUUCUACGCUCAAAAUUCAAGAGAUUUCUCACGAAAAAAAGAGAGAAGGCUGAGGAGACAAUCAAGUUACAGUUUGGAAUGGAGAAGAUCAUCCAUUGUCAGGACACCUUGUACUGUGAGACUCUAAAUAAUGUACGACGGUCAUCUUCAACCGAUCCUCAAGUUGGGCAGAGCCAGUUGAUUGAUGAACUCACUCUCCAUUUAAAGGCGUACUUCCAGAACACCAUGGGCCGUCUCUCCAACCAGAUCCCUCUGAUCAUUCAGCAUUACGUUCUACAUGAAUUUACUGACGACCUUCAAUCUCAGAUGAUUCUUAUGAUAAAAGAGCGAGAAAACACCAACCUUCUUGACGAAAAGGAUAGCCUGUGUGGAGAGAGGAAGAAACUAAAGGAUCGGAUCCAGCGCCUCACCCUGGCCCGUAAACGCUUAGCAGAUUUCUCCAAGCAGGUGUAAGGGAACGUCCCGAAAAAAAAUAAAAAUCUACGGAAAAAUCUGCAAUAAAAUCUAGGUGCAUUGCAUGAGAAUUUGUCUUAGAUCUGACAAAAUCUCAUCCACACACUGUGAAAAAAAAUCGGCAGUAAAAAUUAACCUGUGGUGCAUUUUAUAAAUCCACAGCAUGUCAAUUUAUGCUGAGGAUUUCACCCUUUUGCCAUGCAUAGGGGGACUUCCAUGGCAAAUCCACAUUUAACAAAUAAUAAGACAAAUCUGCACUUAAAGGGAGUCUGUCAGCAGUUUUGACCUUGCUAAACUGCUGACAACAGUAGGUAGGGGCUGUGGA